AUUCAGUGAUAACAACAAGAAAAUCAGUAGUGACUAAUCUGCUAUCGGACAAGGAAUAAAAUUCCUGGUGCAAAAUAAUGGAAAAUGCUUACGCCCCCAUUAGUGAGGCUUGCGUAAAAGCCCUCAGUGAUAAAACCUACGACAAGCGGAAGAUUGCGGCGACCGAGAUAGAGAAGAUGGUAGCGGAUUUCAACGUUAAGAAGAACUACGGACAGAUCCGUAGGAUAAUCGAAGUGCUGAGCAAGGAUUUUGUGACGUCAAACGAUUCCAACAAAAAGAAGGGCGGUCUGAUUGCAUUGGCCGCGACCAGUAUAGCCCUGGGAAGGGACACGGAGCGGUUCAUCGAGGAAAUCGUCAAUCCGAUCCUGAACUGCCUGAUGGACACGGACACGCGGGUGCGAUACUUUGCCAGCGAGUCUCUGUUCAACGUGGUCAAAGUUUCCCGGGGGUCGAUUAUUCCGUUGUUCCCGAGUCUGUUCACCUCGCUGAGCCGGCUGGUGACCGAUCCGGACCAUAGUGUGAAAAACGGCAGCGAACUGUUGGACCGCCAGUUGAAGGACAUCGUGAUUGAGUCGUCCAGUUCAUUUGAUUUGGAUUCGUUCAUUCCGCUGGUUCGGGAACGGAUCAUGGCAAAGAACUCUUUUGCCAGGCAGUUCAUAAUCUCUUGGAUAUCGGUGCUGAAUGCCGUGCCAGAGAUCAACAUGGUGGUAUAUCUGCCGGAGAUUUUGCUCGGAUUGUUCCAGAUGCUGGAGGACAAUAUGCCGGAGAUUCAGCGAAUGUGUGAAUCUUUGUUGACUCAGUUGCUGAAGACGAUCAAGGCUGAUCCCACCGUGGUGGACAUCCCGCAGAUGAUGAACGUUCUGAUCGUGCAAGCGCAGUCCAGCAAUGCUUUGAUACAGUUUACGGCGAUCUGCUGGAUCAAGGAAUUUGUUCAGUUGGCCAAGGGGGACAUUAUUGGGUUUUCGUCGGGGAUUUUCACGGCUAUCUUGCCGUGCUUGGCAUUCGAGAGUGAAUCCAAGAAACACAUUAAGGAUUGCGCUACUGAGGUCAAUAUCCAUUUGCUGGAGCUGGUAUCUGGCGACGAGAAGCAAGAAAUUCUCAAAAAUCUGGAUCUGGACUCGGUGAUGGAAGUUCUCCGGCAGUAUUUGAUCCACAGUUCCGUGCCAACGAAGAUCGCUGUGCUGAAGUGGGUUCAUCACCUGUUCACGGAAGUUCACGACGAGAUGUCCAGCCAUGCGAAUAAUUUGUUUCCGGUUCUGUUGAGGGACUGCUUGUCGGACAGUUCGGAUGAUGUAGUGCUCCAAGCAAUCGUAGUCCUUGCGGAGAUCGUCAACUCGGCCACGGCCAAGGGGAGCAACUUCGAUCAAAUGCAGUACAAGCAUUUCCUGAUGGAACUGCUGACGUUGUUCAGCGAGAACCGGAUGUUCCUGGAGAACCGAGGUACGUUGAUCAUCCGGCAGUUGUGCCGCCUCCUGAAUGCCGAGUACAUCUACCGGACGUUUGCCGAGAUCCUGCAGGAGGAGAAAACCAACCUGAAGUUCGCCUCGACGAUGGUCCGAACGUUGAACAUGAUUCUGCUGACCACAUCGGAUCUGUUCGAGUUACGAAACAUGCUGCGGGACAUUAAGACCGAAAAGGCUGCGUCGCUGUUCGAGUGUCUGUACAGGUGCUGGUCGCAUUGUGCCGUGUCGACGCUGUCGCUGUGUCUGCUGGCCCAGUGCUAUCAGCACGUGUCGGAAAUCGUCGUGCUGUUCGCUGAUAUGGAAAUAACCGUAGAUUUUCUGGUAGAAAUCGAUAAACUAGUUCAGCUGAUUGAAUCUCCCAUCUUCGCUUCCCUCCGAUUGGUUCUGGUGUCCCACGCGAACGACAACGCAGAUGCCCAGCACCUAUCGCGAGCUUUGUACGGCAUUCUGAUGCUGAUUCCCCAAACGGAGGCGUUCAACCUGCUCCGCAAUCGACUUCAGUGCGUUCCAAACUACUGGGGUCAGCCGGCGAAAAUCAACUCGAAGUCAUCCAACGAGAGCCAGAGCAAAAUCAACUUCAUGAAGUUGUUCGAGCACUUCCAACACGUCCAAGCGAUGCACCACCGGCAGCGGUUGGAGCAGCGGAAAAAGAAUCAAUUCUAGGGCUUUCGGAACAAAUUGAAUCACAUUCCGUUGACAGUAGUGGGGACACAUUAAAUGCUAAAACAAAACUC